CCGCAAGAUUGAGAAAUUAAUUAAAUUAACGAAUAAUCAAAUGCAGUGACUUUUUCUUCACGAUAAAAAAUAUUUUCAGGAUAAACGGUUGCUCGUUGUCAGCAGUAUACGAGAGGGUGUAAAGUAAGGCCUGUGCAGUGAUGAAUCCCACCACUGACCUCUUAGCCCGUAAAAACGUAGCCGCACGUACAACUUCUGAAAUCGUUCAAGAUUUAUGGGCGAGGAAACCGUCAAUUAAAAUCACACCCUAGGCGUUAUAAUUGGUAGUUAGGUAGUCAGGUUAGCUUAAGUUUGGAAGGAGGAAUUCUUUACUCAAGAAAGUUUUGCACCGGAGUAAAAUUGAGUGAAUUUGAGUGCUAACUUGUUUUUUUUUCAUUACUGUUUUUCCUUGCUCAUUUUCAGAGUGACAUCGUGUCAUCCGACGCGUGCAAUAUCCCUCGUUAUUCUUCAACGGUUCACGACUUCAUCCACUCGACGAAUGAUCGUCGAUCACGAACUUAAAACUUGAGGGGGACAAGGAAGCUGAUGAGACAAAGUAUGGGAAAUUUCAAGUGCUAAAGUUGAGCCAAGUUCUCAGUCUGGUUCUUACUUCUUUUUUUCUCUCUUUUCUCGUUUAUUCUAUAUUUCAUGGGUCUUGAUUUCCCUUGUCUCGUUCCAAGGCGAUUCGGAGGAGCAACAGCAGCUAGAAGGCGUUUCCUAUUUUUCUGAAAAUCGUAGUGCACGUGACCGGCGCAAAGGAGACCGCUCCUACAAACUCGUUAUCCUCUGCUAAUUUUCGCCAAAUGAACCCAAACCCUCCACCCCGAAUUCUCGGGCGGGACGGAGAACGAGGAAAAAAGGCGGUCCCCGCAAAGACAUUGACAAAGAUCUCGAUCUUUGGCUCCGUAUACUUCGUUAUGAAAAAAAAAAAAAAAGAUUUACGAACGGAAUCGAUGAAAAAUGAAGCGCAAAUAUUUUAUCAAAAAAUUGUUAUUAAAAAACAAAAAAAAAAAAAAAAUAGCGAAACAGAUAAAAAUCAACACGCCACAGAUGCCAUGGGAUUCGCAUCUCGCAUGUGGUUAAAAUUAUAUCAAUAAACCCUAAUAGUCCUAAUGUGAGCUGUGAGUGACGCAGGUCGAUGUAGAGCGUUAAAAAUUAUUCGCUACGGAAUAAUAGACUCCCGCGAACUGACGGUAGACUGUUAAGAAAAAGUUCAAACACGAAUCGCGACGUGCGAGUAAUUUGCCACCGGUUUAAACAACCGGAUCCGAUCCCCGAUUCUGAGAUUCUCGAACAGAAUUGAACGACCUACGGAGGAGUGUGUCAGGAAUCCCGGAUUGAUUUGCAAAUUUUUAUUGGGAAAAAUUUCUGAAUUUUUACAAUUUCGAAUUAAUCGGCUGUAACGAUCCGCGAUUCGUGGACACUAUUAUUGUACCGGAGAAAAACGGUGAUGUAACGAUAUUUAUCUUAAACAUAUAUUUUGUACCGUUGGUGUCUGUUUGUGGAGCGGUCUGACUAAAAUAACUUGAAAUCACCGAGUGCUGAAUCGACGUCACCACCACGAAGAUUCUAAUUGAAUUUCGCGAACGUACCCGACACACUCACGUCGUGCGUACACCUUAUCACGUUUUCUAAUAAUAGAACAACUGAGAUAUAAAAAAUGUUAAUAUAUACUCACGUGCAUUUCGAAGAAAUGACAUGAAAAUUUACUACGUUGCAUCUGCUACGUGUACGUUUUACGAUUAAUCGUAGUCGGAGGGAUAUAUUUGACAAUAUUUUUGCAAGACUUAUCGACGUCGCGCAAUCGACUGGUUGAAAUUGCUCGGGUUCCUCGAGGAGCUAACCAGGAAAUAUAGAGAGCAAACAAUUUGCGGAAGCAUCGCAAUAGGAGGCAAUGAUGUAAACAUGUUUUCUCGCCGAAGCGGUUGCAGCUGACUAUUUGUAUUUAUUUAUCGAAUUGACUUAAACUACAUAGAAUUUCUAUUGACACUGAAUACCGAAAGCGUUCCGAGUUCGAAUCGCGCUUUUCCGAGGGGCCGGAAAACAACAAACCGGAGCAACGGGUGUCGAAGGUCAGGCGGUCAAGCGUCUCGCACGGCUCACGUUUCCGUCGGUGAUUUCUCAAGCUCGUGAUUCUCGGUUUCAUUUUUCCUCGCUCUCUCGCUCCGAUUCCUAUCCUCUUUCAUUUCCACACGUAGACGUCGUCGCGCCGGUUCUUUACGAGGUGCAAAUAGAGCCGAAAAUUAUUUUACGACCAUAGCACAAGACUCUCGCCCCCGCCCCACGACGAAAUCGUUUCUAUACUUUACGAGAUUUUAAAUACCUUCGGUCCUCCGAGCUGCCCUCCACUCUCGACUUAUAUCUAGACAAAUUUGACUGCUUUACGACCCUUUCCCUGAUACCCUUACUGCUCGCAGUGGUCUAGAAUAUUUAUCGUCGGCGCGUGCCGGGGCCGACAUUGUUCCACUACAAUGGCGAGUCACCAACGAAAUGUCAAACACGGUGUCAACUCGUCAAUUUCAUUCGGAUUCUUUCACCGCGAUCGUAUGGGACACCUGAAAACGUGUCCGUGGGAAAAGGUUUCCUUCGACGAGUGAGAGGAAAACGAAACGAUCAUCGGUGUAAAAUAUUUUGGAAAAAUAUGACCAAGUUCGAUGGCGGUCGUGUGCCGUUGAGUCGUACGACGACGAUAAUAAUCCGUGGGACAAGGGUGGGAGCUUCUGGAGAGCGACCUUGUCAUCGUCUGUUCGUUAGCGAGUUCCUUUCCGUCCUCGUCGGACGCGUCUCGGCCGUCCAUCUUUGUUCGCGGGUCCGAUUUCGCGCAACGGUCCACUUGGCAUUCUAAACAAGCUGCCUACCUGGUGCCAGAGGACGCCGGGCCAGCAGCCACCGGACCAUUGACUCUUUCGCCCCCAGCAAAGGAGGCGUGGUUCCUUACGAGCGGCUUCUACAAAGGCGCCAAGAAGCCAGCCACGGCUUUUCCCCCUUCCACUAUAAACGGGAACCCCCCACCCUCGGAUCUCAAGAAAACCGGGCAACGUGGUCCAGCUUUCGAUCAUCAGGUAAAACUCAGACUCAGUUUACGCAACGCUCCCAUCCGAGCAACACGCACAUACGUACUCGCUGAAGUAAUCGACCUAACACGGAUCACGCAUCUCACAACCUGCGACAAAACCUUCCAUCGUAAAACGGUUUUCUGCUCUUCGAUUCCACGCUAAACGAUACCUGGGCAAAGAGAGAAUAAAAAGCCAAGUACAAAUAAAUCGCCGCUGCGUAUUAUGUUCUAUGACAUUAGAAACUGCUAGAGCAUCUGAAUGAAGUUCACAGUAUCCUCGAGAUGAACACUUACGCUACACUUCAACGAUACGAAAUGCUCGAUUCCGAAGGUUACGGCUCGGCGAGCAGCCCGGAAUCAAAUCCCCGAACAUGUUGGCCCGCUCCCGAAUGUCAGGGUCUCGGUUAUCCCCAACCACCCCGUUCGAGGGGGAGUAGCUGCGACAGCAUAAGUUCCGUCGACAGUCAGCAUCACCAGGAGUACCAGGAACUCGGUGCAUUUACGUCGGAACAUUAUCCCGCUGGAUGUUCGGGAGUGUCGUUCGAUUUGGGGAACGGUGGUAGCGGCGGAACCCCCGGUACGGCGGACCUAGGUUACAAAUAUUAUCGUCAGGGUGAUUACAGAAAUAACGGGGAGUACGAGAAAAAUUGGGCAAAAAUUUGCCCGCAAAAUUUCAACGAGGACGGUUUCUCGUCGCGCGUCAAUUUCGGUCAUUGCAACGAGCAGAUAUCGCAGAAAACCGACAAUCUGUACGGUGGUAACGUGGAAACGUACUCGUCCAGGACUACCAUACCUUCGUCGUCCUCGUCGUCUAAUUCCUACCCCGCCAAAUGUGAACAGUUAUUUACCCAAAAAAGUGAAACGUCUCAUUUCGGUAGGAACGAUAAUUACCAUCACGGUGGCGCGGUCGAAUCUCGUCAUCAGAAUCAGUGUGCAGAUAGUAUAAAUCAUUAUUCAACGAAAAGUGAUAACAACGGGGCAUCUACUACCGGAUAUCAAUUAACGUCUAUGAAAAGUGACCGUCAUCUGCAACUGUCUACUGUUGACAGAUACGCGGACGAGGAAGACUUCCAGUUGGAAUUCGACGACGACAACGUAUCGUCGAAGGACAAUUUACAUAAAAUAAAAAACGGGGUGGCCGGCGUUGAAGUUCUCAAAAAACGAAGAUUGGCGGCGAACGCGAGAGAAAGAAGAAGAAUGAACAGCUUGAACGACGCCUUCGACAGACUGAGGGACGUCGUACCUAGCCUAGGAAAUGACAGAAAACUCAGUAAAUUCGAAACCCUGCAAAUGGCUCAAACUUACAUAUCCGCACUCUACGAGCUUCUCCAACGCGAAUGAGACGUCGGAAAUUCAGAGAUAUCGUUAGAAAACUUCUCCUCCGUCUAUUUUCCAUUGAAACUUUUCACACAGUUUCAAUACCAUCGACAAAACUCGAACGGUUUGGGCAUUCUUUUACACCAACGACUGGAGAUGGAGAGUAUUUUUUCCCAAUAGAUUUUUGUACAUACUUGAAAAACUUUGGACAAAAAAAAAAAAGACAAAAAAAAAAAAAUCAAAGGAAAAAAUUGUAAAUAGCCUGUCGACAGCGUCCUGUAAGUUAUUGUAAAGGGUAUUACGUAUAAGAUAGUUAAUUUUGUACAUAUUAUCGAUAACGCUAUUAGGUGUAAGUGACGGACCAAUUUUGAUGAAACUAUUUUUUUUUCUUUUUUUAAUAAUUAGAACGAGAUAGUCGAAGGAAAAAUUAAAAAAAAAAAAAAAAAGAUAUUUAUGUAUACGCGAGCGACUGCCGGGUGAACGCGUGUUCGAUUAAAACCGAAUUGUUUCGUAGCGAAAAGAAGGAAAUUAAAAUAUUAACAAACAGUUGUUUUGGAAUAUGAGUAAAGCGAUAUGCAAAAAUAAUUUCACAAAUGAUGCCUCGGCGUCGUCGCGCUUCUACUUAGCAGUCAAUCACAAUUAAAUACAAUUUUGCAGGCUGUGAGGCCUCCGUAAUGGCGCAAAAAGAGAGCAAAUUGAAAUCUUCUAGCUGACAGAAUGAUAAAUGAGAGACGACGUAUAUAUGCAUGUAGGGCAGCGCGGUGCGGCAACGGGUAUGUACCGACACUCCGAGUUUGCACCGUUCAACGUGUGUCGUGAAAAUGCCGCGCGAAUCUUUUCGCAAAAAUUCACUUACGCAUCGCGGAUAACUUUCUCGGUAUACCGGUAAGAAAAAGAGAC